CCGAUUUGUUGUAUUUUCCCUGUGGCUCAUGCUACUGCGGUUCCUGUAAAAAAAAAAUAGAAAUAUAGAAAUGGCAGGGCAGAGGCGAUAUCCACAAACAUUUGAUGUAUUUGUGGGUAAUUUGCCGGAAGAUGCUGAUCAGAAGAAAGUUGGGAAGUUGUUUAACAAAUAUGGAGAAAUAGCUGCCAUUAUUGUAAGAGAUAGUAAUCAUCCAGGACAAAAAUUAGCCUAUGUGAAAUACUUAUGUGAAGAAGAUGCCAAACGAGCAAUUGAAGAUGGAAAUAAAAUGGAAAUUGGUCCAAAUAAACUUAUUGUUCGUAGAGCAGAACAACGCAAAAGACCUGGUGUUAAUAUGUCCGGUGGAAUGAUGAAAGAUAAACCAGUUUUGCAAAUGGGAUUAUCACAGAAAGAACCAGAUCUAGUUUCUAAUAUUGACACAGCCUCAAAUUCUUCAAAAGACAUGAUGGAGGAAUAUGUUACUGUAACUCAUGCUGAGACACCUAUCACAGUGUUUGCUCAGACCUCUAAUGAAGACAAUCUCAAGGAAGUACAGAAUGUCCUAACUCAAUUGGCAGAACUUUGUCCGUCUGCUCCAAAAUUAUCAGGACCUGUGGAAUAUAGCAAGGUUUAUGCAUCCAAAUUUUUUGAAGAUAAUCAAUGGUAUAGGUGUCAAGUGAAGCAGAUACUUGGAACAGAUAAAGUAAAGAUACAGUAUAUAGAUUAUGGAAAUAGUGAAGAAAUUGAUCCCUCAUCUUUAGUAGAAAUACCUCAAGAAAUUACAAACUAUUCACCAUUUGCUCAGAAAUUAGUACUACACAACCUCAGAUCAAAAGAUCUCAGUUGUCCAAAGGGUAUAGCUUUUUUACAAGAGUUAACUGUUGGAAAAGUUUUGCGUGCUAUAUUACGUCGUAGAUUAACAGAUGGUAGUGGUUAUUAUGCCGAAUUAUUUGAAGAUGGUGAAAGUAUUAUAGACAAAGUGGUAGCUGAAGGUCACGGGGUCAUCAGACAAUUACAGAAACCAAUAGGAAUGGGAGAUGAUAUGAAAAUGGGAAUGAAUCGCAAUAGUAAUAAUAAUUCAAGAGAAAUGAUGCAAUCUUUAAGUGGAUUAGACAAGUCAGCACUGCAAGCUAAGAAAAGAGAACUAGAUAAAGUUAGCUCAGAAAGAGAUAUGUUAAAUAUGGAGUUAGCUAAUAUGAGAGGAAAGAUGAAGAAUUUACAAACUGAGUUUUCCACAGUCUCAAAUAAACUAAUAGAAAACAAUCUUAAUCAAAUGCUACAGGUAGUUAUGAAUCUGGCCACAAAAGUAAAACACAUCAGAUCUCAGUUUCCAGAUGAUAAAAAUACACCUUUAGAUGAAGCAAUUAAAAUCAUUUCUGGUGAAAAUAAGUCGAAAACUAUCCAGAUAGAAUCUCUACCACCAGUAGUGUCAACAUUAUCUACAUAUAGAGCUGCACAGAAAGAAAUAUCACUCUGUAAAGAUAAGUCAGAGUUAAUAGAAAUGGUGACAACUAGAGAUGCAGCUAGAAUUGAAUUGUUUGAUAAAUUGAAUGUUUGUGUGGCUGAAUUAAAGAAGUAUCCCUUACAAGAAAGAGGAACUCAAGUGACGAAUUGUAUGGAUGUUAUUGAAAGAAAUUAUAGUUACUUUAUUAACUUUCUUAUUCCGUCACCAAACAUGCUAAGUGAAUUGGGUCCAGCUUACCAAGAUUGGAAGGAAAAGAAGAAACAGGAAUCAGAACAAUGUCGUCAACAGACUGAUACAAGUAAACAGGCUGUACUAGCAUCACUAAUGCAGUUUCAUACGUUAUUGAGUUUAGAAGACAUGGAAUCAGCAGAUCAACAAGUAAAUAUAGAUAUAGAUGGACAGUUAAAACACUAUAUAUCAGCUUUACAAUCGGAAAUAAGUAAAUCAGAUACAGAAUCUGGUCGUGAUUCAGCUUUUUUAGCUAACCUUGUACAAAGUUUAUAUAAAGAAUUACAACAGGAGAGAUCAUGUAUAGAUAAUUAUACACAAUUAUUAACAGAAUUUCAACAGAUGAUAACCGAUAUAGAACCAUGGUUAAACUGUAAACCAUCUACUACUGAAUUACAAUCUACACGCAAAAGGUUACGAUCAUUAAAAUCAAAAUUAAGACAUAGAAUAGCAGAUAAAGAAGAUCAUGAAGAGAAUGAAGGAGAGGGAGAUGAAUUAGAUGAAAUAAAGACAGAUAUUAAUGAAAUACGUAAUGAAAUCCACCAGAUAUUGAUACAAGAAAGUAAACAAUUGUGUUCAAUGUCAAAGUUAGCAGAAGCCCAUUUUCCAGAAGUUUUAUCUGAGUUUACUGAUUUUGGUAUUGAUACCCAGAUGACUUAUCAAGGGCUGGUCAAAGAUAGUUAUGAAAUAGAACAUUUUGAUCUGACACCAGUUUCUGACAUGGUUAAUGAUUUAUAUGAAUCUGUUUUCUGUGGAGAAACAGUCUAUAUAAAGGAUUAUAUAUUGGGUGACGCAGAUCAUCUUUAUAAAGAUCAGUUUAUAAACCAGUGUUUUACAUUUUCUCAAAUACAAGAUGAAUAUCUUCAUUCAAUAGACACAGUCUUCUUUGAUAAGAGCGGCAGACAUGGUUAUAUUAAAUCACCGAAGGAAGGAGAAUUAUUAACUUCUGUUAUGGAAUCGGGUAUAAGACCAAACAGUAAGGCAAUACAACAAAUUAUAAGAUGUGUGAGUAAAGGUUUGGGAGCACUUCAUGCUAAAAACUUUAUUCAUGCUGACAUCACACCACUGAAUAUAAUAAUGAGAGAUGAUGGCAGUGCUGUAUUAAUGGAACCAGAUUUCUCCAGAUCAGUGACUGAUAGAUGUCGUAAGAAGUAUGUAACAAAGAGUGGUUUAGAAUUUAUUCCACCAGAAAUACGUAAUAUGGCUGAAGUAACACCUUCUGUUGAUCUAUAUAAUCUAGGUUUACUUAUACUAUGGCUCCAUUAUCCUGAUUCUAAUGUUGCUUUAUUACCUGAUAAUGUUCCUGAUUUUACUUCUUUACCUUUAGAUCAAUCUACUCAGAUGAUAUUACGUUCCUUACUCAGCAGUAUUUCACAUCUCCGUCCAACAGUAGAACUAUUAUUACAAUCACCUUAUCACACUAUGGAUUUACCAGAUAAUCUUAUAAUCUCACAACCAUCUAAUCCCUUUAAUCCACCCACCUGUAUGGCAAGUCAUGGUGGUGGAGACAGGUUUACCAUGACAAGUAUAAGUGUAAGGCACAGUGAAUACAAGACUAGUUCUACAGGAGACAUAAAUAAAGGUUCUAACCCUUUUCCUGAUGUACCAGAUUAUCCUACUACUAGUACUAGCAGUCAUAUACAACAAAAACUAGUCUACUCUAAACCCAGCAGUAGUCAUUCGGAAGAACCAUUUGAAAUUGGAACCUUCGACUUAGCAGACGCGAUGUCCUCCAUUCCUGAUCAGGUUGAGGAAUCCAUCUCGGACAAUACACCGAGCCAAGAGAGUGACUUUAACAUGGAUCAAAAUGAAAUUACAAAGAUGCUAGAAGGAACAUUUCCCUCUGAGAAUGUAGUCGUUUCUGCUGAAUUACAAAAUUUAUCAGUAGCCGAAAAUACAAAUAAUUCUAACAUCGAAGCUGAGAAAUUAAAACAGGAGAGUGAAAGAGAGUCAUCCACCCCUGAUUCAUUCUCUGACGAAGUGCAAUCUGAAAAUAGUACGGAACAGCAGUAAGAUGAAAAUAGGCACUGUAGCCUAAAUAUAGAAACUUUUCACAUUAUUCAAUUUUCUAAUAUAUAUACAAUUUUCUAAAUAUCUUUCUAAAAAUUUGAAAUUUGUUUAGUUUCAUAUGAAUAAUGCAGAACUUUAAGGUGUCAAAAUUUUGUUUUAGUGAAAGCAGUAAUUUUUAGGUUUUUUUAAAAAUAUUAUUUUAUCAUAUGCAGAACUUAUAUGACAAUCUGAAUCUAAUGACAAUUUUUAUUCAUUUUUUUUUUGUUGUUGGGACAUUUUAAAAUUGUGACCUCAAGGAGAGGGGCUGUUGUUGACUUUAUGUUAUCUGUAAUGUAGUUGUUAUUAUUUUUGUAUAUAAUUAUUGUUAAAAUAUUCUGGUUCUCUGAAAAUCCUUCCAAAAAUUCAAAUAAUAAUGUGCAUGUAUAAAGCACUUUAUCCAUCCAGGGUGCUUGCUCUAAGUGUGGUAAAAAAUCAAUGGGUACAUGAACAUACUGUCUUUAAGUCUAGCUUUAAACUGAGCAAUCAAUCCUGAACACUUUAUCACAGCCGUUAAGCUGUAUACACUAAAAGCUGUAUCACCAAAUGAUUUUAAUCUAGUGGAAGGUAUAAGUGAAAAGGAAGGAUUUUUAUUUUGAUACAUGGUGUUUAUAUGAACAAGCCUGAAAAUAAGGCACCAUUUGAGCUUUGUCUUGCAUAAUUCCUCCAGUGUCUGUCAUAGAUUUGUCUUUGAGCAGAGUUUUGUGAUAAUAUUUAUAUACAUGUCUGGCACAUUUUAUCAGGUACAGCUAACAUUAUUUCCAGGAUUGUAUAGGAAUUCACAUACAUAACUAUUUCUGGUGUUAAAUACCCAAAUCUGUUACUGUACACUAAGCUAAGUAGAACCAGGUUCAUUUACAAGCAGUAACUAAUUGUUUCAGUCCAUGGAUGCAAGUAUAAAUUUUGUAGUUUCUGAACUUACAUCCCAUUACUGCUUAUGAACCGGCAGUAAUUAAUUUUUGAAGUAACACCGACUACUGAGGUAUCUGACUGAGAACCAGAAUAUUUUGUUUUAAUUGGAGUAUGAUCUUGAACACAAAUUAUUGUUAUGUUUAAAUAAUGUCUUUCUUUUCCAUUACUUUAAAAAGUCCAUCAUAAUUCAUUUCAGAACCAUAAUGCUUUUUAGUUCAUCGAAAAUACUGCAAAGACAUAAAUGCAGUGUAAAUAAAAGAACUCUUAUAAACACCA